ACACGAAGACAGUUGAUUCCGAUUGAGUUGUUCACCUUCACCCACCGCGAAACAAGAAUCAGCAGGAUUAGUUGGACGCGCGGAAGGAUGAGACAGUGAUCCACACGCGCCACACGUAACCGUCGUGGGCCGGUCACAGUUGUUGAGUUCUGAGUUCUGACAGCAGCCCAAUACAGCACCUCGUGCUGCGUGCAGAUAGAAGAUCUGGCCCCACAGCCAUGACUACAAACUAGAAAGCCAAUAAAAUGAAUCCUCCGUCGCCUUCCCCUGUUUCUCCCUCUGUCUCAUCCUCUUCUUAUACUCCCGUUUCCUGGUUCUCUGGGAUCGUCAGGGGCGGCCGUCCCGAUAGGUCUUCCAGCUUAAAAAUGUCCGCUAACUCCACGGUUGCCGCCACCGCUGACUUUUCCGGUCCUAUCGUCCGCAAAAAUCAGUUCCGUGGGGUACUCUUCAAGUACGGUCCAAAUCCUAUUCAGGUUGCAUUUAAGACUGGCGAUUACAAACGGCAAGUCGUUUUUAUUGGUGGAUUGACCGAUGGUUUUCUUGCUACUCCCUACUUGGAACUUCUCGCAAAUGCCUUGGACCGUGAAAAUUGGUCACUGGUUCAGUUCCUCAUGUCAUCUUCUUACAGUGGAUAUGGCACCUCAAGCUUGCAACAAGAUGCUAAAGAGGUGGAUCAGCUGAUUAAUUAUCUAAUUAACAAACAAGAUUCCGAAGGUGUGGUAUUACUUGGGCAUAGUACUGGUUGUCAGGAUAUUGUGCAUUACAUGCGAACAAAUUUUGCUUGCUCCAAAGCUGUUCGUGCUGCCAUCUUGCAGAUUUCAGUCUUGCCCAGCAGAAGGGGAGAAAAAAUUAUUUAAAAAAAAAAGUGGAUGUUCCCUGAGACAGCUUCUAUGAUUGACUUGGCGGCUAAAAUGAUAAGUGAAGGCCGAGGUUCAGAAUUAAUGCCAAGAGAAGCAGAUCCUUGUUCUCCAAUAACUGCAUACAGAUAUCACUCCCUUUGUGCAUAUAAUGGUGAUGACGACUUGUUCAGUUCCGAUCUGAGUGAAGAUCAGUUGAGGAUGAGGCUUGGACACAUGUCUAGCACACAUUGCCAGGUUAUAUUUUCAAUGGCAGAUGAAUAUGUGCCAGAUUAUGUCAAUAAGAAGGAACUUGUUGAACGAUUAUGCAGAGCAAUGGGGGGUGCAGAGAAAGUAGAAAUUGAAUAUGGAAACCACUCACUCUCUAACAGAUCUGAAGAAGCUGUCCUAGCUAUCAUUGAUUUCUUAAAAAGAGAAGGACCCAAGGGCUGGGAUGAUCCAUGGAAUUAGUGUCUUUUAGCUCUCCACUGCAGCAUUCCCUUAUUAUUGUUAGAUUCAGUUUCUUUGUCUCUCGAUUUUGUUAAUCUUCCAUUUUUCUCGCGUGCAUAAUUUUCCUGGUUUUCUUUUUCUUAUUAUUCUUUUUUGGCGGAGGGGUUUGAAUCAGUUUUAAGACUUUUAGUCAUAAUAAUUUUUGUUAAUAUAGUAGAUUUUAAAACAUUUUUUUGCUACAUUUUAGCCAACUCAAUUGCUUCUUGCAUAUGAAUGCUCUCUGCCCCCUGCAGAUUGGUUCUCAUGAUUCCGGAUUUAGUGA